AUGGCUGCAAUUUCACCUGUAUUACAAAAUCCGAAUUCAGGUUCUUACUCAAAUGGUGAAAGAACAUGCGCUGGAACGUUGAAUGAAUUGAAAAAGGAGGACAUAUCCGAUGACGAUGAUGUUCCAUUGUCACGGAAGGCAAAAAUAAUUAUCGAUGAUGAUGAUAUACCGCUUGCUAAAAAAUUGAAAAUCAUGAAAAAUAAACGCGAUAAUGAUGAUGAUAAUGUUCAUGUGUCCUUAUCACAAAAGUCACAUAAAGAGUUAUUCAAGGAGGUAUUAGCUACCUCAUCGAGCGAUCGAGUGAAAAAACCACUGCCAUCGUUAUCUACCCCUUUACCGACAAAAAAAGGGAUCAAAGCAGAACUGGAAAGCGAUGAUGAUGUGCCGUUGAGCGUGCGAGCUGCCACAUUGACCAAGAAAAGGAAAAAAAGAGAAUCAGACGAUGAAGAUUAUAAAUUGGAGAAGAAAAAAGUGAAGCGGAAAAAUUCAACUGAAACAAAGAAAGCCUCAACUUCUUCGAAUUCCGAGAAAGCACAUGUCAAGAGUGAAAAAACCAAUGGCAUUACAUCAAAUAAGCGGAAAAGACGAGAGGAAGAAGAGGAGGAAAUUUGGAAAUGGUGGCAAGAAGAAAAGAAACCAAGUGGCAUCAAGUGGUAUAGUUUAUCCCACAAAGGACCGAUUUUUGCCCCACCCUAUGUACCACUUCCCGAAUCGGUUCACUUCAAAUAUGAUGGAAAGGUAAUGAAAUUGGCACCAUUGACGGAGGAAGUUGCAUCUUUUUAUGCAAAGAUAUUAGAACAUGAAUAUACAACAAAAGAAACUUUCAACAAAAAUUUUUUUAUGGACUGGAGGAAGGUGAUGACCCCUGCUGAGCGCGAAAAGAUUACAGAUUUAAUGAAAUGUGAUUUCCGAGAAAUGCAUGAUCAUUAUGUAAAGAUAAGAGAAGAACGAAGGUCUUUAAGUAAGGAAGAGAAGCAAAAAAUUAAAGAGGUUAAGCAAGAGGAAGCAAAAAUGUAUGGAGUUGCAUAUAUUGAUGGACAUAAACAGAAAAUAGGAAACUUUCGAAUUGAACCUCCAGACUUGUUUCGUGGACGUGGUGGUCAUCCUAAAAUGGGUCGUUUAAAGAGACGAGUCAAUCCGGAAGACGUUAUUAUUAAUUGUUCAAAGGAUUCAGAAAUACCAAAACCUCCCGAAGGCCACCGAUGGAAAGAAGUGCGUCAUGAUAAUACGGUGACAUGGUUGUGUUCAUGGACCGAUAAUAUUUUAGGUUCCAUCAAAUACAUUAUGUUAAAUCCAUCGUCGAAAAUCAAGGGUGAAAAAGAUUACGAAAAAUUUGAAACUGCAAGACGAUUAAAGGGUAUUGUUGGAAAUAUUCGGGAAAAUUAUACCAAAGAUUUGAAAAGUAAAGAGAUGCGCGUACGACAGCGAGCAGUAGCACUUUAUUUCAUUGAUAAGUUAGCGCUUCGUGCGGGUAAUGAAAAAGAUGUGGAUGAAGCAGCAGAUACCGUUGGUUGUUGUUCACUACGAUGCGAACAUAUUCAACUUCAUGAAAAGUUGGACGAUAACGAUUAUGUGGUCGAAUUUGAUUUUCUUGGUAAAGACAGUAUUCGAUAUUAUAAUAAAGUUCCGGUGGAGAAGCGAGUUUUUAAAAAUUUGAAACUUUUCAUGGAAAAUAAAAGCGGUGGCGAUGAUCUUUUCGAUCGCCUUGAUACUGCGUCGCUGAAUAAAUAUUUGCAAAGCUUGAUGCCAGGAUUAACUGCUAAAGUUUUUCGUACAUAUAACGCAUCGAUUACGCUGCAACAGCAAUUGGAUAAAUUAACCAAAGAGGAUUCCGCAGUGCCUGAGCUACUACUCUGUUAUAAUAGAGCGAAUCGUCAGGUUGCAAUUUUAUGUAAUCACCAACGUGCUGUGCCGAAAAGUCAUGAAAAAAGCAUGGAAAAUUUGGGGGCGAAAAUAAAAGCAAAGAAAGCGGAACUAAAAGAAGCUAAGGAAGAACUAGAAAAAGCACGUGGUGAUGCGGCCAAACAACGUGCAUCCAAGCGUGUUGAUCGUAUCAAAGAGCAGUUGAGAAAAUUAAAAAUUCAACGGACAGAUAAGGAUGAAAAUAAGCAGAUUGCUCUUUCUACAUCAAAACUGAAUUAUUUGGAUCCGCGGAUAUCAGUUGCCUGGUGUAAAAAGUAUCAAGUACCAGUUGAAAAAAUUUUCAACAAAACGCAGCGUGAAAAAUUUCGUUGGGCAAUUGAUAUGGCUGACGAAGAUUAUGUUUUCUAA